CAAAAGUACUGCAGAAGAGUGGAUCUUUGAUGCUGUAAACUAAGUUCGGAUCACGAGCCAAGGAAGUCUGUAGCGAGACAUCACCUGGGGGCCAGUGUCAAUGCCAGAAGCCCGACCGCAAGCCCCUGAGCGCCCCGUUCAUAGGGGCACAUGGUAUCUUCGUCCGUUGGUCUACGGUCGAAGCAUCGCUGCACUCAUGGAUCGAGCAACCAUCCUCCGGUCGCUGAUCGCUGGUUCUGGAGGUCCGUGAUCUCCGGCUCCUCUAGACCGGGACAGUGCAAACGGUCUGCCAAUCUGGUGCCCCGGUUGGCAUCCGUUCAUCACAAUAGCGGAUAUUUGCUUCUUUGUCCGACAUCAAGUCAGCCGCGCGUGGCAGAGGGAGUCUGGUUGGUGGUCGAGGCCGGAAGAUGGAGGGGUUCUGUCCAUUUCCGUCCCGGUGGCGCCGUCUCGUCCCCUACUCGGCCGUCCAUCGUCGACCUUUCUUUGUUGCUCGUCGCCGACCCAAGGAGAUGGAUAGCCAUCGGUUUGGACCGCGACUGGAUAGAUGCGCUCGGAGCGUGCUGGAUGCAUGUGUGGGAACGGAGGGAGCUCGGAGAGUCGGAUAUCGUCGCGCUGGGCCGUCGACCCUGGAUGGGCCUGGCGUACCAUUUGUGGCAGGGGGCAUACAGAGUUCAAGAGGUCGACGGGGUCCAGGUGCCCCUGUCCCGGAUCGAUGCACGAUAGGAGGGAGGCCCUGCUGGCUACUUCGUGUGGCUGUGCGAAAGUCUAUUCUGUAUUGGCGUAUCUAUCUCCUUGACAACCUGGCAAUCCAUGUCGUCCAUACUAUAGAGUUCCUCCUCGGAAUCAAAUCCCCU